AUCAGGUUUUCAUAACGGCGUUACAUUUAUGUAAAUCAAAAUGUAAUAUUUUUGAGAAAAAAAAAGUAGUUCACGAGAACCGCCUUAAAAAUCUAAUUACGGUUUACUAGUCUGUUUACUUGUAUUCCGUAUGGGACUAGUCGGGAUUUUCUUUUUCGUAAUGCUAUUACAGCAAAAUCGAUCAAAUUUUAUUCUGAGAAUAUGUCAAAAGUUUAGUCUUUCUCCACAAGAAAGGAUGUGGUUGAUAAUUUACAAAGCAUUUGAUAGCAUGGUUUUAGAGCUAGAUAUGAAGGUUCACGAUCAGGUUCAACGUAAGACAGAAAAAACUACAACUGACAUAAUUUUUCAAAUAACAAAAUAUAUGUCCUUCGACUUUCGCGUUCGUUUUACAACGUGGAAAAAAUGUUUAUUUCUGACUUUGAAACAAAUACUGAAUAUAACUUAUACAGCCCAUAUGCUCAUCAGUGAAGUUAAAAGAAAGGCAAAUGUUUGGCUUCCCAAACGAUAUAUUUACGUCAUUAUUUUUACAUAAAGCAUUAGUUAAAUCUUGCACAAAAAUAAAAUAAUGAUGAGUAUUUAACACUAACACUAUCUCAAUUCAGCUUUCUUACUUUUAUUUCUAUUCACGUAAUUAGUCAAAGGUUUUAGAUAUAUGUCAAGGUAUAAACAUUUAGGGUUGCUAUCAAAUCACGCACCCGAACAUCAUCUUUUUGUGACUGUAGAUUUCUUUCAUUUACGAUAAGUGUUCGAUGAAAUCGAUAGGAUUUUCUUGUCUAACGAAAUAAUGAUAAGUCUCCAUGUGAUCUGAUGAGGUCAUGCAUUCAACUGAUAUUCUCCAUUUAAGCUCGUAUGUUGUUCAUAGGUACAAUUCAUAGCAUGGAUAAAAAUUCCAACAGGAUUCAUGCAAUUAAGCUUUUCUUGUUUAAUUAUGUUCAUAUACUGAAUAUGUUUGUCAGUAUAUAUUCUCUAUUCAUCCAAACUCACACUCACAUCCACACCCGGCAGUUCUCAACAUACAAAAACUAAAUAAGAGUCUUUCUCUAUAAUCUUUAGAUGAUUUUAUUGUUCAAUACAUUCAUCAGCAAGAGCAGUGUAGGUUGCAUAUCAGAUAUUCUAUGUUUAAGUAUUGUUUUAGUCGUCUCCUGUGUAGAUAAAGAAAUAAAUUUAGAACAAUGCGGUAUGUUAAUUUUCAUUUGAUACAUGGUUGUUUAGUGAGAUAUACAUAUCUAUUCUGUUGCUAGAACUGCAAAAAGUUUUUUAUAAGUAUGGAAAAAAAUUCCCUACAUUCUGACUCGUCGUUCUCUAAAUCAUCACGACACUAAGUAUGGAACUCUACUAAUAAGUCAAACAGUACAUUUUAAUAUGUUGUUGUUGGAUAUUAAUCUACUAUUCUGUUUUUUAAAAUCCACUAAUGUAAUUUAUGUUACGUGUUAAAAUCUAAAAUCUAAAAAUUUACUAGAGUAUAAACCAAUGAUGGAAAAAUGUAAACAAUAACAAUCAAAAUCAUAUUUAUAGUUGUACAAGAAAACAAAAGUAGCGAUGCGAACAACAUUUUAAUUCUUUCAAAAUGACUUCAUCAACAAUUAUGAUUUAAUGUUCUAUAUUGUUCACAAUCAUCAAAUUACUUGAAACGUCCACAUUGUUUAUUUUUAUCAAGCAUGUCUUUAAUGAACUAUCAUAUUUAAUGAAGAUUGAUCGAAGAAUUUCUAUUAUAAAAAGUUUGUUUUUGUUUAAUUUUCUUCUCUAUUUAAUGAUGUUAUUAAAUUUUCUAUGUUUUCUAAUAUUCAUUCUUCUAAUUCUAUUUUCAGUCUCUUGUGAUUUGAUAUCAUUAUUAAUACAAUUAAGUGAACCUAUCUUUCAUCUUUUUUUUUCCCUUAGAAACAAUGAUUUGACACAUAUUGCUUAGCUGUUAUUGUUUUAAUUCUAUAAAAAAAAAAAAAAAAAAAGAUUGCACAGAUGUACUGCGAAGAAAAAAAACUACAUAAAACAAAUCAUAUUCGUUCAUCGAAGCAUAUUAAGACAACUUUUACUUAAAUUGAACGACUUGAGAGCUUUUUUGUCUAAUUAAAAUCAACCACAUGGAAGAAUUCAAACAAAAAAAAAAAAAGACAUCAUUGAAAAAAUGACCUACGAAAUAAUUAAUGAACUUGUUGUUAAAAUUAAAUGUUCAACAUUCUGAACAAUCUAUUGAAUAUUUUAAUAUACAUAAGAGUUUGUUUUUUGGUGAAUAGGACAAUUGAUUUUAUUAUAUUUCUGAGUAAUGAAAAACUGACUAUGCACUCUUUCACUAUGUGAGUCAUAGAGUCUUUCGAAGAAUUGAAACUAAAAUUGAACAAUUAGUUAGCUUCAUUUAUCUUCUGUUUUUUUGGUAAGUGUUAAAAUGUCUCGCAACAAGUUAUCCCCAAGCAGGGAUGUGGCGAAGAAAAAAAAGUGGGGGGGUGCAUUGAAAAUUUUUGGAAACUGACAAAGAUUUCUGGAUAGAUUUUUCAAAAGUGGGGGGGUGCAAACCUAUCUUUUUGAAUUUGAUGACUUUUUUUUGAAGAAAAAUUGACUAUUUUUGCUGCGAAAAAUUGAAAAUUUUCAAAAAGUGGGGGGGUGCGCACCCCCCUGCACCCCGUGGUCGCCACAUCCCUGUCCCCAAGAGAUUAUACAACAUAGAUGAACAAAAAAAAAAAAAAAGAUCUAUGUCGAUGUGUUAUACAUGUAAUUUUGUCGACAAUGAACAUCUUCAUUUCAUUCAUACUAAAUGAUGUUGAAUGAUUAACGAGUCAUAAUAGAAAAACAAAAUUGAUUAAUUUGAAAUUCAGUCAUUUUUUUUUUCGAUUGGUUAAAAAAAAUACGUUUUGUUUGUUUCUUAUUGGUUAGAAUAAAAAAAAGAAAAGUUAAUUUUCAUCUUGUAAAUGGCAGCUAUAAACAAAAUGAACAAAAAACAAGAAGAAAGAAAGAAAGAAAGAAUCGUGAUUUGGAAGAUGUAUGGAAAAAAGUCGUUAGUUAAUCUAUAAAACAAGUAACAGCAAAAUUUUGUCUGUACUUAAUUCUCAUGAGAGCAUAAGAAGAAGAAGAAGAAAAAAGAAAAAGACGAACGGACUCUUUUUUUUUUCUCGUUAUCGUUUGAAUUUUUUUUCUUUUAAAGCAUCAUUGAUGCAUAUCGAUUCGGUACAAUAGUUGUUGUCGUCUCUUUUAAUCAAGUUUCUCUCUUUUUUUUUCCUCUAUUCUUCGAAUAACUCGAGACGAGUCAUUGGCUUUUCUCGUCAUUUUGGCAUGAUGUUCGCUUGAAGAAAUAUUCAAUCUAUCAUAUCAUAUAUAGAGACAGCAGUAACGCUCUAUUGAAGUCUUUUUUUUUUUGCUUCUGUCUAUCUUUCUCUUCCCUUCAUUGACUUUUGGAGACUGUCUCUCAUUUGUGCACAAGAGGCUUGUUCCUGUGCGAAACCAUGUUUCCGUUCAACCAGUUCGUUGCAGCUCAAUACCGAUAUUCCAAAUUCGGUAGGUGCUCUGUAUAUUUUUCCCCUAUCGAUUCUUGCCUCCCUCCUUUUUUUUUUUAUCCCUUUGUGCUCCAAUGAAUCGCGAGAGUUUAUAUUAUCUAUUAGUAAACUCAUCAUUGGCAUAAUCAAUAUAUUUAUAUCUUUUAUAGGACAUGGAGGUAUUAAUCAACUCGGUGGAGUUUUUGUUAAUGGUCGACCAUUACCAGAUCUUGUUCGUCAAUCCAUUGUUGAUUUAGCUAAACAAGGUGUACGACCAUGUGAUAUAAGUCGACAAUUACGAGUAUCACAUGGAUGUGUUAGUAAAAUUCUUGGAAGAUAUCAUGAAACAGGUUCAAUUCGUCCCGGUAUUAUAGGUGGAAGUAAACCAAAAGUUGCUACACCAAAAGUUGUUGAUGCUAUAAGUAAUUAUAAAAGUCAAGCACCAACAAUGUUUGCAUGGGAAAUUCGUGAACGUCUUAUUGCUGAUGGAAUAUGUGAUUCAGAUAAAGUACCAAGUGUUAGUUCAAUUAAUAGAAUUGUUCGUAAUCGUGGAAAUUUAAAUGAUAAUUCAAAAUCAAAUAAUCAUAAUAAUAAUAAUAAUUCAUCACCAACAACAUCAAAUGAAACAACAACAACACCAUCAGCUGUUAUAAGUGGUACAACAAGUAAUGAAGAGGAUAGUCGAAGUCAUCCAACAGGUGUAUCAUCAUCACCUAAUGGUUAUAGUAUUCAUAGUUUACUUAAUCAUUCACAAUAUAAUUUACAUUCAAAUGAGUAUUCAAUAAAACGUUCUCAUCAUCAUCACCAUCAUCAUCAUCAUGGAUCUCGUAUAAAUCAUCAUAUCGAAAUGCUUGAUUAUAAACAUUUUUCGGCUGAACAAAUAAAUUUUUUGGAUAAAUUUUUUAAAGAUAAUCCAUGGGCUGAUAAUGCACAAAUUGAAUCAAUUGCUAAAGCAACUGGUUUUGCAGAAUCAACCAUUAAAAUUUAUAUUGAUCAACGUCGUGCUAAAUGGAAUUCAAUGUAUACAUCAAAUAAUUAUCUUAAUUAUAAUACAAAUGAUUUUUCAAAUGAUUUAUCAACACAAUCAUCAUUUCAUAAUGUUAAUCAACAUUUUAUUGGAAAUAAUAAUAAUACAAUGAAAAAUGAUUUUGAUAUACCGUCAACACAAUCGAAUGAACUUUUUUGUACGUCAUCAACAUCUUAUCCAACAUCAACAACAAAUUUUUCAAUACCAGCACAUGGAUCAGAUUAUUAUUCUUCAAAUCCAUAUUCAACUGAUUGGCGUUAUUCAUCAUUUUCAAAUUUUAGUAAAUAA